AAAUUGAUUUAAUGAAUUUAAUGUUCACAUUCUGAUUACUUUAUUUUUUUUUAUUUGAUUUAAAUUUUUCCCAAAAAAUGUUUUCAGUAAAAAUAGUGACAUUAUUUCUUGACAGUCUAAAGAAGAAGAUGGGAUUUUGCUCCCAGUUGAUAAUACUGACCGUACUCCUUAGCCGGACUGACACCCAGUCAUCUAGAUGCCUUCUAUCCAUGCCUCCUCUGCCAGAAUACAGCGAGAAAGGAGAUAUCAUGCUGGGACUAAUCGGCCCCAUAAAUACAGUUUCGGUCCGUCCUCAGAUUACGUUCACUACUUUGCCCGAGUCACGUCAAUGUGACAUAUUCAGACGAGACCAGUAUAAGUCAAUUCUUGCUCUACUAUUCGCUACCAGAGAAAUGAAUCAAAACCCUAUUAUUCCCAACAUCACUCUGGGGUUCCAGAUGUAUGAUUCCUGUUUCAAUGAGGAAUCUUCUCUUAUAGCAACAAUGCAGGUUAUUUCUGGUGGUCAAAAUCCCGUCCCAAACUACAAGUGUGGACCCCAACCCUGGAUGCCUGCUGUUAUUGGAGAUCCCGUAUCUGCCUCUGCCGUGGCUAUGGCGAGGAUGCUUGGACUAUGGAGAGUUCCCCAAGUUAGCUAUGCAGCGUCUCUUCCGACAUUGAGCAACAAACUCGAGUUCCCGUCCUUUCUUAGGACAACGGUCAGUGUAGACGGUCAGCCACGAGCAUUGGUCGAGCUGUGCAAAGUUUUUGGAUGGACCUGGAUUGGUAUACUUGUAUCCUCAAGAGAUUACGGGACCCAAGGUGGGAUUGCCCUUAAGAAGCAGGCAAGCGAGAGCGGGGUUUGUAUUGCUUUUUAUGAAACAGUCGUCUAUGCUUCCUCCACCCAGAAAAUGCAAAAAAUUAUAGAAAAUGUCCGGAAGUCCACGGCCUCGGCAGUUCUUCUUUUUGUCUCACCGCCCGAGACCUAUAGCAUAUUUAUGGAGGUCAUCCAACAGAAUGUAUCUGGUAAAAUAUGGGUGGGUAUAGAAACCUGGUACACAUCUCCCAUCUUCUUCCAGACUGAUUUUUGGAACCUUCUAAAUGGUUCCAUUGGCAUUGCCAAAAGUAGAAUGGUUCUGCCAAAUUUCUCCGCUUUCCUUCAGAGUUUUAACCCUUCUACAUACCCAGGAAUGUUGUCUAUCAGGCAAUAUUGGGAGAUAACAUUUAACUGUAAGUGGCCAUUGGGUAACCUCAGCUCCUCAUCUGCAGUAGAUAGCGGCAGCCAAGCUUGUACUGGAUCGGAAAAACUGGUAACCAGUGACAUCAUAGAAUACAAUGAUCCCACAUCCCAGGGUGUGUAUAUGGCGCACAACGCUCUCUACGCCAUUGUCCAUGCUCUACACAAUCUGUUAUCUUGCAAACCUGGGGAAGGAGCAUUUACUGGGAAGUCUUGUGAAGUGUCCUUCGAUGCUAAUGGAGAUAUUUUCGGUUACUUUGAUAUUCUAAACUGGAGGAUAGAAGGAAAAAAAGGUCAAAAUUGGAAAGUAGGAACCUUCAAUGACUACAUUGGUGAUGGUCAGAAACUUGUCCUCAAUGUCAGCGCCAUCCAGUGGCCAGGAGGAAUUGGCAAGGUUCCCCCCUCAAUCUGUAGUGACAAUUGUCCUCCCGGCUAUAGGAAAGCUCCACUAAUAGGUCAACCUAUCUGUUGCUUUGACUGCGUUCUUUGUCCAGAGGGGAUGAUUUCCAACCAGACAAAUUCUCUAGACUGUUACCUUUGUCCAGAAGACCAAUGGCCAAACAGCAAGAGAACCAAAUGCAUUCCUAAAAUCGUUGACUUCCUGUCCUAUGAGGAACCCCUGGGGCUGGUGAUGGCCUUCUUCUCCAUUAUCUUCUCUUUUACCACGAUUAUGGUUCUUUGUGUCUUUCUUAAAUUUCGUCAUACUGUAGUGGUGAAAGCCAACAACCGUAACCUCAGCUAUGUACUCUUGUUGUCCUUGACGUUCUGCUUCCUCUGCUCCUUGAUGUUCAUCGGUCGCCCGGUCAAACUGACCUGCACCAUCCGGCAAUCUCUCUUCGGUAUUACAUUUUCUCUAUGUGUCUCCUGCAUCCUGGCCAAAACCAUCAUAGUAGUCAUUGCUUUCAAAGCUACCAAACCUGGUAGUAACCUCAGGGUGUGGGUUGGGUCCAAGACGGCCAUGCUCGUAGUGUCUACGUCCACUUGUGUCCAAGUGAUAAUUAUACUGGUGUGGAUGGCAAGAUUCCCUCCAUUCCUGGAACAUAAUAAUCAUGUGUUGACCGACAUCAUCCUCUUGGAAUGUAAUGAGGGAUCGGUUGCCAUGUUCUACUGCACCAUAGGAUACUUGGCCUUCUUGGCUACAAUCAGUUUUGUUGUUGCCUUUUUGGCCAGGAACUUACCGGACAGCUUCAAUGAGGCCAAAUACAUUACCUUCAGCAUGUUGACCUUCCUUAGUGUCUGGUCGACCUUCAUCCCCGCCUAUCUCAGUACUAAGGGCAAGUACAUUGUAGCCGUUGAGAUUUUUGCUAUACUAUUGUCUAGUUUUGGACUUCUGUGCUGCAUAUUUGGCCCAAAAUGUUACAUCCUCCUCUUAAGGCCAUCAAUGAACACUAAAGAAUACCUAAUGUCAAAGUCCAAAUAACAUGAACCAGAUAAGCUGUAAAUGUUUCUAAGUAUAAUCCAGGGAUGUUAUAGGCUGAAAAAUAUAUUCUUGGAAAAUUACUUGUAAGAACCUAAUGACCAAGGAAAAGUAUUUUCCAGAAGGGUCCAUUUUUUAUUGAAAAAAAACAACGUGUAUUUG